AGGAACCCACGGGAGAAAGAUGCCUUGGUGGCCGAGGAAGUCCAGCAAGUCCCGGGAGGACGCCGCCGCCGCCGCCGCCAGCGGUGCCCAGUACAGCCCCCGCAAAUCGUCCGUCAAGAACGACGCCAAGCGGAAUCCCAGGAGCUUCGACGAGGCCUCCUCCUCGCGAAACUCGCCCAGGAACAGCCGGGACUUCGGGGGGGCGGCGGCGGCGGCGGCGGCGGUGGGCCCGCCGUCUUGUUCUCGGGCUUCGAUUCGGAUCGGGGCCUCCCCUUGCCUCGGCCCUCGGUCUCGUCCAUCCAGGGGACCGAGAAUGGGUCGGUCUCUGUCUCGAGCGUGAGCUCGUCCGGGUCGUCGGAUGAUCCCCAGCUGGUCAAUGGUCACGCCCAAUUUGGAGUCCAGAGGGGACUUAGCAAUACAAAGUGCACUGCAAGGGCAAGGAGCCCCAGUCCUUGUGCGAGGGGGCCCACAAGCCCCACAUCGCCUCUUUGUACACGAUUGUCGGGUUUCAAUCUUGAUUCUCCACAAUCAGGAAGGCAAGAUGAUGCUAGGAGCCAAUGCCAUCCGCUGCCUCUUCCCCCGGGUUCUCCUACAAGCCCUUCUUCGUUGCCCAACAACAGAAAUGGUGGGGCGCCUGAAAGCCCCACUUCUACCCUUUCAAAAUGGAAGAAGGGAAGACUUCUGGGAAGAGGAACUUUUGGGCAAGUUUUCCUUGGAUUCAACAGUGAAGGAGGGCAAAUGUGUGCUAUAAAGGAAGUGAGGAUUGCUUCGGAUGAUCAGACAUUAAAAGAGAGUUUUAAGCAGCUUAAUCAGGAGAUAAACUUGCUUAGUCAGCUUCGUCAUUCAAAUAUAGUGCGAUACUAUGGAAGUGAAUUGGGAGAAGAUGCACUCUCAGUUUACCUUGAGUAUGUAUCUGGUGGUUCAAUUCACAAAUUACUCCAGGAGUAUGGUGCGUUUGAGGAACCUGUUAUUCAAAAUUAUGCUAGGCAGAUUGCUUCUGGCCUUGCCUACUUGCAUGGAAGAAAUGUGGUGCACAGGGACAUCAAAGGCGCAAAUAUUUUAGUUGAUCCCCAUGGUGAGAUCAAAUUGGCGGACUUUGGCAUGGCGAAGCAUAUAACAUCUUGCCAAUCAAUGCUUUCUUUCAAGGGUAGCCCUUACUGGAUGGCACCUGAGGUUGUGAUGAACACGAAUGGCUACAAUUUGGCUGUUGAUGUGUGGAGCCUGGGAUGCACUGUUCUUGAAAUGGCAACAUCGAAGCCACCUUGGAGUCAGUUUGAAGGGGUGGCUGCCAUUUUUAAAAUUGGAAAUAGCAAAGAUAUGCCUGAAAUUCCCGAUCACCUUUCUAAUGAUGCCAAAAGUUUCAUAAGGCUGUGCCUGCAGCGUGACCCAUCGUCCCGGCCCACAGCUGCGCAGCUACUUGAACACUCUUUUCUUCGGGACCAGGCAGCAUCAAGUAACAUUAGCAUUACCAGAAAUGCCUUUCCUUCAGUGUUUGAGGGGACCCGCACGCCGCCAGCGCUGGAUCUCCAUCCCAACAGAGGAAACGUGACUCCGGGUACUGUGACUCCGCCUGAAGUGGACUACCCGAGACAGCCAGUGGGAAUGGUCUCUCUCUCCAACAGAGGAAGCAUGACUCCUCCUGAAGUGGACUACACGAGAAGGCCAGCAGGAAUGCUUUCUCCCUCACGAGCCUUGAGAAGUCCAAGGAAUGAUGUGAGAAUGAUAACAUCUUUACCCGUAUCCCCAACUUCAAGCCCAUUGCGUAAUUUUGGAAAUGCACAGAGGAGCGGGUUUCUCUCACCUCCUCACCCAUCUUAUGCUAAUGUUGGACACAGUGGUUACACCUUGAACGACUACCCCAUAUAUCCUACAAGACCAAACACAAGACAGCCUUUGGAUCCUUGGCAUGAAACACCUCUUUUCAGUUCUCGGACGCCCAAUGGAUCCCCGAGAAGGGCACUUAUUUGAUGUAAAUAGCAAAGUAAAACUGUAGGUCCUUUUUCAAUCGUAACAGGAGAGGAAUGAGGCAAAGCUCUAUAUGCUGUAUCUAGAGGGAAAGUAUAGCAACGCGUCCUUUCAGACAAAAGUGGGGGGGUUUCUCUGGCUGCUCACUACAGGAGCUUCGAGACAAAGUAUAAAGAGGCUCUUCAUGGCUUUGGUGGAACUUGCGUUUCUCGCCUUUACAAGUUCCUCCUUGCAUAUAAUAAAAAAGGGUGAUGGAACUUUACGAUCGGGGAUGUACUGUAGCUUGAAUCUUGUAACAAUUUGUUGAUUGUUGUAACUGAGGCGAUAUCUAUGUUUGUAACAUUCUUGUUUAUAGCUUAAAGGUUAUAAGAUGAAUACCCAGACUGCUGUCAGCCUGAUAAAAACGAGAGGAUUUGGCCCUUGGUGGUUGUUCCCUUUCC